AUGUCAAAGGAUUCCAAGGAUAAAUCUCCUGCUACCCAAAUUAUCACCCUCCCUUUUCCUCCAAUUAUCACCGCGCAAGAUGUCCUUGACAGAAGAUCUUCUGAAAGGGUUUCGACGAAAAGCCCAAAUGCCUUCUUUAUCUAUAGGAAAGCCUUUGUCAAUUAUUUGCAAAUUUGUAAUUACAAUCUUAAAAUGCGUGAUGUAUCCUCAAUGGCCGGAUUAUCUUGGAAAGCGGCUUCCAAGGAGGUUAAGGACGCUUAUAAAAAAAUUUCUCGUGAGGUUGAAAAACAUUUGGUUGAUCAGCGCAAGAGAAAGAUUGAAGAAUCUUUCAAAACUCAAGAAAGUCUUGUGCAAAGACCAGUUUAUUUAGAGUCCCCCUAUCAAGUUCAAAGUUCUUCAAUUCCUUACUUGCCGCAACAACCACCAACUUUGUCGGCAGACGCCUGGUUUACCGAUGCCAACCUUAAUCAGCAUUUUCAACAAAGACAAGAAAUUCAUUAUGAUUUUUCACCCCAAUAUAACGCUUUAUCUCAGCUCGCAAUUGGAGUUAAUUCAACGGAAUGUUACAACGGUCGUGAAUGA